AUGACGACAAUUCAGCCUUUUGAGCCUGUUGACUUGUUCAAGGCUAAUAAUGUCAACCUCGAUAUUCUGACAGAGAAUUUCCCUUUAGAAUUUUAUUUUGAGUACAUGAUACUAUGGCCAGAUCUCUUUUUCAAAAGUCUAGAAAUGACAGUUGAUCCUGAUUUCAAGCACAAUAUUUCUGGUUACAUGAUGGCGAAAACAGAAGGUAAGACAACGGAAUGGCACACUCAUAUAACCGCAGUGACGGUCGCUCCAAGGUUCCGUCGAAUAUCGCUGGCUUCAAAAUUAUGCACCACUCUAGAGACCAUGACGGAUGUUAUGCCCCACGAAGUCAACUUUAUCGAUCUUUUUGUUAAAUGCAACAACCAAUUGGCCAUAAAACUUUACGAAAAAUUAGGGUACAGUGUCUACAGAAGGGUAGUUGGGUAUUAUAACUCAAGCGAAGAUGGGUAUCCAGACACAUUGAAAAAAGUAGAUGACAACAAGGACGCCUUUGAUAUGAGAAAGGCUAUGGCUAGAGAUAAGGCCAAAAGUGUACGGCCAGAUGGAAGAAACCAUAAGUGUUAUCCGCAUGAUGUAAGGUUUUAG